UCGUGAGCCAUUCCAUCUGCUUGACUCGAGACCACCUCCUUGCGUGCUGGCUUAUCAAUCAUUCGGAAGCCCAGAAGAGUGCAGGACACUGAUACAUAAAGACCUCGAGCGCGCUCUCUGAUCCUACGCUAACAGCACCCACACACACCAUGGCACGAUUUUUCCUCGCCAACGCAUUCGCGACUCACGCCCACGGCGGUAACCAGGCUGCCGUCGUCCUCCUUCCGCCCGGCGACGAGCGUGGUCUGGACGACGCGUACUGUCGCGCCCUUGGAGAAGACUUCAAAAUGCCCAUGACGGCGGUGGUCACGCCUAGGGGAGAGGGAGUAUAUGCGCUGCGCUGGUGGACGGCGUCUGGCCAGGAAUCCAGACUGUGCGGUCAUGCAACGCUAGCGACCUCGCACAUCCUCUUCAAUUGCGUCGAAACCUCGGCUAAGGAGGUGUACUUUGAUACCCUCGCGGGGCGGCUGACAGCGACAUGCGUGAGCCGCGGGCAGGGCGGAGAGGUGGCUAUCUCGCUGCCCAUCGGCGGGCCGAGUGCGCCGAGCGCGCGCAGCGGGGAAUUCGGCAAGCUCUUCGCCUCGGCCGCAGGCCUCGACCCACGCAAAAUCGAGGAGGUGGUCACGUACAUGGAUGACCGGUCGUGCAUCGUCCGCCUCACGCCGGACGUCGACCUUGCGAGUCUCAAAGUCGACUCGCGCUCGUUGUACCCCACCAUCGCGCACUACUGCAUCGUCACGCAACUCGACAGGACGCGGGCGGGAGGCAUCAACUCGCGCGUGUUCAUCGAGGGCUUCGGUAUUCCCGAGGACCCAGUCACGGGCUCAGCGCACGCUACGCUCGCAGAGUAUUAUCUCCUCGGGCACGGGCGGGGGUUCCUCAAUGGUGCCGACCCAAAGAGCGUCACACUGGACGCGCGGCAGGUCAGCAAACGUGGUGGAGGUCUCAAGGUAUCGCUCGAGGACGGGCGAGUCAAGGUUGUGGGCAAAACGUGGAUUUGGGGCGAGGGGGAGAUGGUCGAGGUGUAAACAUUUGAGAUGCGUGAAGGACCGGGCGAGAGGCGUUUGACCAAGCUCAU